CUUCUUUUCUUUUCUUUUCUUUUUUUCUUUUUUCUUUUUUUUCUUAAUAAUUAAAUUAAUUUAAAUUUCUUAAAUUAUUUUAAAAUAGAUGAAAAUUACACGAAGCAAUGAACCUCAACCCGGAUCUCUAACUCUCAUUUCGGAGAGAGAGAUAAAACCGACCCUUUGAGGUUGAAGAAGAAGAGGAAGGAGAAGAGGGAAGAAGGAAGAACCAGAGACAAAAAUGGCGAUCCAUAAUUGACCCUCCGGUUCUAUACGAUGUGAUUUUUUUUUCCCUCUUUCAUCCAUGCGGCGAGGCAGACCCUCAGAUCCAUUUACAGCUACAGAAAUACCCAAUUCAACCAUUCAGCCGGAAAAUCCUCUCAAAGAGAUUCGUUACAGAGGCGUUCGUAAGCGUCCUUGGGGUAGGUACGCUGCUGAGAUCAGAGAUCCUUGGAAGAAAACUAGGGUUUGGCUUGGUACCUUCGAUUCCGCUGAAGAGGCUGCUCGGGCUUAUGAUAAUGCCGCUCGAACCCUUCGGGGUGCCAAGGCCAAAACUAACUUUCCUUUACAUCCAUCCACGAUUUCCAUUCAACAACAAAUUCCUUUUUACCAAUCUCCGCCGGAUUUGCACGAUUCGAAUGGUUUUGGUGCUAAGAUUGAGUGCGUUCAGGCUAAUAGGCCUACGUCUAGCAGUUUGAGUUCUACCGUGGAAUCGUUUAGUGGGCCGCGGAUUUCUAACCCUUUGUCGUCCCUGUCUAUGGUUCGUCGGAGGCCGGUUCAGCCAGUUUCGCCAGAUGAUUGUCAUAGCGACUGUGAUUCGUCUUCCUCGGUUGUUGAUGAUGAUGAGGUCUGUGUUCUUGCUUCUUUCCGUAGAGCUUUGCCCUUUGAUCUUAACUUACCACCUCCGAUGGACGUCGUGGAUUUAACCGGUGAUGAUCUUCAAGCUACUGCUUUAUGCCUCUGAUGAGUGAUGCCAUGUUUGCUUUAUAUCAUCAUGGUUUGAAAUGGUCCUUUUUUUCCACAUUUCUUCUGUUUUUUCUAUCUUAUUUUCUCGGGAAAAACACUAAACUGAAGAAUUUUCGAAUAUGGUGGUAAGUUGAAGAGAAAUUCGAUCGGCCUCCUCCCACUUUUUUCCUUUUUACUUUGUUAGUCUUUUUAGAACUGGGUUGCCCUUCGACGGCCAUGGGGCUAUCAAAUGUUGUCUGUAUCAUUGAAGCUUUUUAGCAUCGUUUAAGCUGGAUGUGUGUCUGAUCUGGGAUUUUCCUUUCUUGAUCCGAUUCACAUCAUCAAAUCCUUACUUCUGUACAAAGAAUUACUCAUCUAAUUUAAAGAAUCUGCAGUGUUCUAAUUGCCAUAAAACUUUUCUUA